AUGAUCGGCACCAGAGAUAUCGCAGAUUGCGCUGUGGUCGUUUUGAGUGAAUCAGUGGAGAAACAUGAUCGUAAUGUGUAUGAACUGGGUGGCGAGGCUUUGAGCCACGAAGAACGAGCAGCUGUGUUCGGUCGCGUGCUUGGCAAACCGAUCACCUGUGAACAACAAUCGUUCGAAGCCUUUUACAAAGCACUUACUGAUCAUGGCAUGUCGCAUUCAAUCGUACACAAUUUUGCAAUGGGCGCUUCGAAAGACAUUUGUGAUACUACCACCCCACAAAUCUCCAUUCUCAUCGGUCGGCCGUUACACACCCUUGAAGAAUGGCUCAAAGACAACGUUAAAGCAUUUCAAUAG